ACUGAGGCCCCGGGUUCAGGAAGAGGCUGACAGCCUUUCCCUCAGCCAUUCUUGUGAUCCCCACUGGAUUUGUGGGGGUUGAUAUUUCCCCUCAGGGGCUGCCUCUUUUCCUUCCUUCUUUCUUUCUUUCUUUUUUCCUUUUCCUUCUUUUCAGGCCGGUGGCCGUCUGGGUGGCCUGCCUGUCAGGGGUGGCAUUGGCAGGACGAAGGAAAAAUGAACUGGGUUGGGGGAUCCCGCCGAAGAAUCAUGCUUACCAAAGAGAGAAGAAAACAGAAGGAUUUUUUUGAAAAGGAAAAACUUAAGUCAAAGAUGAAGUUACUGGGAGUAUCUCCUUUGAAAAGCUCAGCUGUCAGUUUGGACCUUCUCAAUCUCUACGUUGUUAAUCAGAUCUCUACAAAGAAAGAAAAUGCUGAGAAUAUUCGAAAGCCAAUUCAUGUAGAUAUUAACAGAGAAACUAAAAUUCCUUUGAGAAAGCAAAAUGUAGAUUUCCCCAAGUCACCAGAAUGCAGACCAGCUAAGCUGUCCCUUGAUGACAUCCAGCACAGAAUACAAGAAGAAAUCUUGGAUAGUAGAAGAAAAUACCUCUCUGAAAAAGCCAGCAUUCAUUCUGAAGAGUUAGGAUCUUCUUGGCCAGUAAAUAAUAAUAAAGAUGAAGACUUCUGGCUUUCUAUGACAGCAUACAGGCCAGAAGAAUUCUCUGCAUCAGAUUCAGAAACACCCGUUGGUCUAUAUUUCCAGCAACUGACUAGUCCAGGAUACGGUAUCUCCAUUGAUAAGGAUUCUGGAAAGAGCCAAGCAAAUGGAGAAGAAUCAUUGUUUGAUACUAUAAACGACCAGAUAAAGACUAACCAAGAUGCAAAGUUCCAGCCAAUUGCAAGUUUGUUUGAAGAAGAAAAUCAAUUUCUGACGUUUCCUCCUUCUCAAUCUUACUGCUCUUUUGCUAACAAAAGCCAUGUUGACCAGCUAUUCACAGAUUUUGGAGAUGCAAAAGAAAUAUUCGGUAAACCCAGCCUGUAUGACGGUGAAGAAAUGCAUGAGAUGAUAGGUCCUGCCCACUGUGUAGCUGAGAGGGACCUCUCAAGCAUCCUCACGGCUCCAGAGAUGAUUUGCUCCCUUAACAACCGAAGCUUAAAUUCAGUAAACCAGAAUCCAAACUGGAAUCAGUUCAAACACGGCAGUAUCCAGAAAAAAAAUCCUGUAGAGUUAUCCGAUCAGCAAAAACUUACUACGUUCUUUGAUAAUAUAGGAGGUUUUAAAAACCAAAUGAAAUGUACUAAGGUACCAAAACCUAUAAAGAGUUACUUAAAGAACAGCAGGAAGAAAGGCCAUUCAGAUCCCGAUAUGGAUUAUUUGAAGAUUUUCGAGCAUGAAACGCUGGAUAAGGAAGUUUACAGUGACUUUGAUCAGCAUUGGAAGCAAAGCAGGCAAAACGAUGAUGAUUCCCAGUUAAGUAGCCAGUCACCCACAUAUUCUCCAGAGCAAGCAGAUCGACAUACCAGUUCUUCCUCUGACGAGUCUAAACCAGAGGAGGGCAAUGAAGGAGCGUCAUCGGAUUCUGAAGUCUCCUAUUCAAGGACUUCCAGCCAUCCCUGCUCAAGAUCAGGACAUCAAAGAUCAGAAUAUGUUUGCCAAUUCGAUGGGAGGCACCGGAAUACAGCUAAUAUUCGAUCCCAGGCAAAAUCCGCCGUAACUCCGAGAAAGAAUACGUUGCACAGAGCUGGACUGCUGUUGUCAGGCCUGAACGAUAAGGGGAAGCACGAGGCUUCAUGUCAAACAGAGGUAUGGGCUGAGCCAGUAGAAAAAUCCAAUGCAGCUGUGCAGUGUGACAUCAUCCAGAGGUGCCCCUGUAAAAAGGAGCUGUCCUUCUCCCACAGUGCUGAAAUGGUGACUUCGACUAGCAAGGUAGACGCCACUGGAGGGCAGAACGUUCCAGCAAAUAGUGCAGCCUUUCAGCCUCCAAAUAGCAAUUCUUUGUCGACUAAUGAGAAUUUGUCUCCCGAAACGGAUGGUUUCAUAGCGGCAAGGUCAGCCUAGCUCGGUCUAACAAAUAAAAAAAAAAGGGGGGGGGGAAAUUGCAUCUGAACGUACAUAUUUAUUGGCAAGGCAGUCAAGGAGCUUAAAUUAAUGUGUUCCUUCCGACAUAUAUAUUUUCCAGCUCUAUUUCAUGACACAGAUUGAGGGAUACUUAAAUACAGGUGUCGCAAAACGUUGGGGAAUUAAGCAACUAUAAUAACCGCAAUUCAAACAACAUAUAUAUAUAUAAUAUUGCUACUCUAGUGGUUUACUAACUUCAUCUUCUCGGUAACUCCUUUCUCCGUCCCUUGACUAAAUAUCUCUUCCUGUGCCUUCCAUUUUUGUUAAGGCAGUUUAAUGUAAAUGUCUCUGUGAAAACAGCACUUAAUACAUUUGCAUUUUGUCCUUCCCUUCCUGAAGCCAAUGCACAGUGGCCCAAUUCUGUCAUAAUGAGUCCUGCCGGCCAGAAUUUGUUGGCAAGCUCAUUUUGUCCUCUUCAGCUGAGCUUGGAACAGAAGGAAAGGAAUCCUCAUUUUAAAAUGAUGUCUGCAUCAGAAAAUUAUGGAUGAAGAGUCCCGCCCAGAGCCCCAUUUGCCAAUUUGUUUUUAAACCAUCUUUAAACCGUAGUUUCCUGGUUAAUCUAUGAAUAAGCGUACAAGAAGAAAGAGAAGAAGGCACACGUCAUCCUGUUAUUUAUUCAUAGGUCAAGAAGCAGGUUUCCCAUUUGGAUCAAAGAUUGAGGCAUUGGAUCCAUAGAUUUCCAUCUUAUCGUAAACUCUUAUCAGAAGCUAUAUUAGAAAUGAAGAAUAUUCUGGAAAUUGGGAGCUUUAAGAAUGCUCCUGAUUAGUUAUAUUUCAGCCCUCCUUUUAGACAGGGGUUAUUAAUUCACCAGUUCUUGUUUUUAUAUCCAGCAUCUUCUGGUUUAAGAGAUUUUGAAAUUUGCUGUCGUUUUCUUUGUAGUUACGGCAUGUUGCCGGCAAACUCAGGAUUGACAGCUUGUUUUAUUUGUACUGUUGGAACAAGUGGGCUGAUAGGCCCUUUUUAAAUCAUCCCCGCCUUUCGUUUGCCAUGUUCCUUGUGGGUCAACCUGGACUAGCCGUGGUUGAAAGAAAAGCUUCCUUUCUAAUUUUAAAGAAGAGUCUUAGGAUUGUCGAUAUCACUCCAUUGGAUAACGAAAGAGAGAGAUACCUAUGAAAGGAAAACACGCCUUCAAGAAUUGUGUUUUUCAAAUUGUGUUCUAAAGUACCAACAUCUCACUAAAAUAAACAUCGAUUUUAAAGUAAAAGUCUUCGACUUAACAACAGAAGAGCCUGUAGUACAGUGGACUAAGCACUGUUAUUAAGAACUGCUGCUUGCAAUUACUGCAAGUUCAAAUCUCUCCAAGGCUCAAGGUUGACUCAGCCUUCCAUCCUUUCUAAGGUGGGUAAAAUGAGGAGCCGGAUUGUGGGGGCAAUAAGCUGACUUUGUAUAAAUAUACAAAAGUAUGAAGGCUAUUGCUUAACGCAUUGUAAGCCGCCCUGAGUCUCCGGAGAAGGGCGGCAUAUAAAUUAAAGCAAAAUAAAUAAAAUAAAUAAAAAAUAAA